AGAACAAGAGAGGCACCUCGUCGUCGCAUUGUUCCCUUGGCCAAGCAGCCUCGUCCUGGGCUCCCAUGGGCUCCCUGCCUUUGUCUCCAGGCUGAGAGCCCCUUCCCCAGUUUGGCCUGGCCAAAGCCCCCCCAAAACGCAGAGGAGCAGGCUUCCCCCUUUUCCUCUUCAGCAGCAGCACCAUGGAUGUGACCAUUUCUGAACUCAUGGAGCUCUUUCUCCAGAGCCCUUUGGUGACCUGGGUGAAAACAUUUGGACCAUUAGGGAAUGAAAAUGAGGACAAACUCGCCAUGUAUAUGGAUCUAGUCGAUGGUGUCUUCUUGAACAAGAUAAUGUUGCAAAUAGAUCCACGGCCAACAAACCAGCGUGUCAAUGAUCAUGUUAACAAUGAUGUCAACCUCCGGAUUCAAAACCUCACUAUCUUGAUCAGAAAUAUCAAGACCUAUUAUCAGGAAGUUCUCCAGCAACUGAUUAUAAUGAAUUUGCCAAAUGUCUUGCUGGUUGGCAAAGAUCCCCUGUCUGGUAAAAGUAUGGAUGAAAUUAAAAAGCUGCUGUUGUUGGUCUUGGGUUGUGCUGUACAGUGUGAAAGAAAGGAAGAGUACAUUGAAAGGAUAAAGCAGCUUGAUAUUGAAACUCAGGCUGCGAUUGUUUCACAUAUUCAAGAGGUAACACAUAAUCAGGAGAAUGUAUUUGACUUACAGUGGCUAGAGCUUCCGGAUGUGGCCCCAGAAGAGCUAGAGUCCCUGUCCAGAAGCAUGGUUUUCCAUCUUAAGAGGCUGAUCGAUGAGAGGGAUGAGUGCACAGAACUCAUUGUUGAUCUCACCCAGGAGAGAGAUUAUCUCCAAUCCCAACAGCCGCCAAGUCCUCUAAAAGCAUCAAGCCCAGCCUCUUCCCCAAACUCAGCCAGCCGCCUCUCCAAUGAGGACAAACAGCAUCUGUCCGUGGAGCUUGCAGACACAAAAGCUAAACUAAGGAGGAUCAGGCAGGAGCUGGAAGAAAAAUCAGAGCAACUUGUUGACACAAGACAUGAAGUCGAUCAGUUAGUCUUGGAACUGCAGAAAGUAAAACAGGAGAAUAUAAACCUCAUGACAGAUGCCCGCUCUGCUCGAGCCUACAGAGAUGAAUUGGAUUCCUUAAGAGAAAAAGCAAACAGAGUUGAGAGACUCGAGAUGGAACUGGUCCGGUGUAAGGAGAAACUGCAUGAUGUGGAUUUCUAUAAAGCACGCAUGGAGGAACUUAGAGAAGACAAUAUCAUAUUAAUUGAAACCAAAACAAUGUUAGAAGAACAGCUGAUGAUUGCAAGAGGUCGUGGCGACAAGUUGCAUGAACUUGAAAAGGAAAACUUGCAGUUGAAAUCAAAACUUCAUGACAUAGAACUGGAUAGGGAUACUGAAAAGAGAAUGAAGAACAUGCUGGAAGAAAAUAUGAUACAGAUUGAGAAGCUGCAAAACCAAAUUGAAAAAGAGAGACAAAGUAACCAAGACUUGGAAACAUUAAGCGAGGAACUCCUAAAAGAGAAGGAAGAACUUCAGGGUAUGAUGGAGACCUUGAAGGCUGACAAAGAAAGACAGAUAAAAGAUCUAGAAAAAGAAACAGACCAUCUCAAUCAAGUGGUUUUGUCUCUGAGGCAGAGGUCCCAAGUCAGUAGUGAGGCAAGAGUGAAAGACAUUGAAAUGGAAAACAAAAUACUUCAUGAAACAGUUACAGAGACUAGCAGCAAACUCAGCAAGCUGGAAUUUGAGAAGAAGCAAUUGCAGAAGGACUUUGAGCAGGUUAAGGAAAAAGUAGAGAAAGUAGAGGAAAUGGACAAAGAGCUUCACCGAUUGGAGAAAGAGAAUGAGCAGCUCACAAAAAAAGUUGCAGCUAUGAAAGUUACUGCAGGGAAAGUGGAGGUUCUUGAACAAGAAAAUGGUGAUUUGGAAGUAGAGAACAGGAAACUGAAAAAAUCCUUAGAUACAUUACACAAUGUUUCUGUCCAAUUGGAAAGCCUGGAAAAAGACAAUAAAGAGCUAGAUGAAGAGAACCUGGAACUUAGGAGAAUGGUAGAGACAAUGAGGUUUACCAGUACAAAAAUGGCCCAGAUAGAGGCAGAAAAUAAAGAGCUGGAAAGGGAAAAGAAGGAACUUCAGAAAAAUGUGGAGGUGUUAAAGGUUUUGAUCAAGAAAUCAGAAAGGUUGGAGCUGAGUUACCAGAGUGUGAAUUCUGAGAACCAAAGACUCCAGCAGAUUGUAGAGAAUAAUGGGAAGAAAAUCCAGCAGUUGGAGAAAGAACUUCAGGGUGUUGAGAGUGAAAAUCAGACUCUUCAGAGAAAGGUAGAGGAGUUGAAGGUCUCAAAUAAGAGGAUGGAGUGGCUGGAAAAGGAGACAAAACUGUUAGAGCAAGAAGUGUCCCAGUUGGAUAAAGACAAGAAGAUGCUGGAGCGGGAGACAAAAAGGCUUUGGCAGCAGGUGGAGCUGAAAGAUGCAAAUUUGGAUGAGAACACUGUCAAAUUGACAGCAAUGGAGAGGGAAAACAGAACACUAGAGAGAGAACUUGCUAGGUUCAAAGACUCAUCAAAUAAGAUGAAAGAAUUUGAAAAGGACAAUAAAGAUCUCCAAAAGCAAGUUACCAUUGAUAAAAGAACACUAGCAACUUUGAGAGAGGAUUUGGUGCUUGAGAAAUUAAAGAGCCAGAGGUUGUCUAAUGAAAUGGACAGGCUAGAGCAGGAGCUGGAGAAGAUUGGAUUGAAUAAGGAGCUACUCCUACAGGAUGAUAACAGCAAUAACGACAAAACAUAUCAGAUCCUGGAAAACAAAGCAGAAUUUGCCCUAAGGACAACGCUAGCUAAUAAAGAAGAGAAAAUUGUUUUGUUGGAAGCUCAACUACAAGACUUCACUAACUUAAAUCAGCAGCUACAAAAUGAAUUAAAUAUGAUGAGGAAGGAUUUUGCAGGUCUGAAGCAGAAGCAAGCAGCUGGGAUGCAGAAGCAGAAUUCAUUGAAACAGCCCUCUGAAAACUGUGUUUCUAGUCAUCAGUCAAAGGAGAAGUGGGAAAAAGGUCACAAGGAAAUGACAAUGGAGCUUCUGAAAGUGAAAGACAGAGCUAUAGAACUGGAAAGAAAUAAUGCAGCCUUGCAAGCAGAAAAGCAGCUUCUCAAGGAACAACUAAGACAUUUGGAAACUCACAGUGCCUCUUUCAACAAUCAGAUCUUGACUCUACAGAAGCAAAAUGCAUUUCUUCAAGAGCACAACACUGCAAUGCAAACACAAACAGCCAAGCUUCAGGUAGAGAAUUCUACCUUAAAUUCUCAGAGUGCCUCCUUGAUGGCUCAGAACACUCUGCUCCAAAACCAGCAGCUGGCUAAAGAGAACGAAUAUGACAACCUACUGAAGCAGAAAGAGCAGCUCAAAGCAGAGUAUGAAUCCCUCCUUCAAGACCAUGAGCACCUGGCCUCUUUGCACGAGAGGCAGUCAACAGAAUAUGAAAUGCUGAUAAAACAGCACAGCUGCCUAAAAACAUUGCAUAAAAAUCUUGACCAGGAACACAAAGAUCUGGGAGAAAGAUAUAACAGCUUGGUACAACACAAAGCCAAACUGGAAGAACUGGAGAUGGUUUUACAAGCAGAAAAAGAUGUUCUACAGCAGGAGAAGAGAGCAAGCUGUGUAGUGACAGCAGAGAACCAGAAGCUGAGAGAAGAAGUAGAAAGGGUGAAUUUCUUACACAACAAGCUCAAGACAGAAUAUGAAGGACUUCAUAGCCACACUAAGGAGUUGAAAACUUCCUUGAAUAACUCACAGUUGGAACUGAAUCGUUGGCAAGCUCGCUAUGAUGAACUGAAGGAACAGCAUCAAGCCAUGGACAUUUCCUUGACCAAAAUGGACAACCACUGUGAGCUGCUUGCUCGACUGAAAGGAAAUCUGGAGGAAGAGAAUCACCAUCUCCUAAGUCAGAUCCAGAUGCUGAGUCAGCAGAACCAAAUGUUAUUGGAGCAGAACAUGGAAAACAAGGAACAGUACCAUGAAGAACAGAAGCAGUACAUUGAUAAACUAAAUGCCUUAAGGAGACACAAAGAAAAACUGGAGGAGAAAAUAAUGGAUCAGUAUAAGUUUUAUGAUCCAGCUCCUAAAAAGAAAAACCACUGGAUAGGAGCUAAAGCCUUGGUUAAACUUAUAAAACCAAAGAAAGAGGCUACGAGAGAGAGAUUGAAAUCUUCAGCAGAAAGCCCUCCAUGGCAGUCAGAAAGCGCAGAGACAGCAGGAUCACCACCUCCUACACAGCUUCCCAAACAGCAAGAGAGUUUGGAGAACACCUCUAUAGAGUCCACUUCCUUGGAAGAUAAAGAACCUAACAGUGGACCUGUCAACAAAGCUGCUCAACGCAAAAAGAUUGCCUUUUUGAGAAGCACCAGCAAGCCCAAAGAAAAGUCUCCUAAGUCUCCAUCGAAUCAUCCAUCUGUCUCUAAUCGCCUCUGGUUCUGGUCGUCUUCUGACAUCCCAUCCUCUUCUAAUGAACCACUUUCUUUCUUGGAAACGGGGGAUUCCAUCAAGUCAACACGAACUACAUUUCUCCCCACCCUUAAGAUGAAAGAUUUUUUAUUGUGUAAUCAGGAUAAUUUCAUCAUUGCAAGUACACUGAAUGAGACCCAUGACAUACUGUGCCCAUAUAUGUUUACAGUAUUGGUGAUGGUGCACAUCUUAAAUUCAAAACAGAAGAGGAUUUCUCAUUAUGGAGGCAGCAACGACCACAUCGAAAACACAGCAGAAUCUACUAUCAAACAGUGCCAUGUGGAGCCAAGUUCCAGGACUUAUUCUGCAUCAGCCACUUACCUGGCUGUUUCAGCUUCUACUCCCACAUCUAGACUACAAAACAGACCCAAAGGCUAUAGUUCGGAUGGUAAUCUGUGUGAAAACUUCCCUGAGGGAGAGCUUUCAAACAAGCAACACAAAUCCAGACCCAACAGUUUAGAGAAUAGUGAAAAUUUAUCCACUGGAAGCUCGUCUCUAAAUUUGAAAGGAUCUUUUGACUGUGGUCGUGGCAGAUCAGAGAGUCUCAGCAGUGAAGAUAUGGUACUGAGUAAAGACACACCAGGGUCAUCCAGAGACGGCCUAUUCUGUCCCAUUUCCUCAGCUAUUGUGGGCUCAAAUACUAAGCACAAUGUCUCCCAUAGCAGGAACAGCUUCUUGUCAUAUGGUAUACCUCAGAAAAGUAACCAAGCCCAGACACAUUCUGUUAGGCACCGAUCCGCCUCUCCAGGGAGUGAGAUGGUAACCCUGGAAGAAUUCCUUGAAGAAAGCAACAGGCUGUCUCCACCAAAUGAGACAUCCAGUAAAGAUGACUUGCUAAGUGACUAUUUUAAAAAAGCAAAUGAGUCCCCAUCUGUUGGAAAUCAGUUUUCUCAAGAAUAUAGGAAGGAGGCAACCAAGACACCUACCAGCUAUGUCACUCCAACCAUUAAGAUGCCCAGCACUGAUGAAGAUGGAAGGCCAGCUAGGCCUGGACACUGUGUCAAACCAAACUUUAGGCCAACAGAAGCAGAGCUUUUGGCAAACUCCAUAGCCUCCCACAAGCUUCCUCAUGCACCUCACAGUCAAGCCAACAGGGCUGCCAGGCAAGUGCCACAGCCUCAGCAGUGCAGUGCCACAAGCAGACAAAGUACAUCUCUCAACCGUACAUUCAGCUUGGCUUCUGCAGACCUCCUCAGAGCCUCUGGCCCAGAGGUUUACAGACGCUAUGACAGCCUGCCAAAGCCUGCAACGGCAGAUAUCCAAAUGGGCAAGGACUUAGACAGCCACACCCCUCAAGUCCCUUUAGCUGCUGUCUCUCAGGUCUCUUUGAGAGAGAGGCCACAGUCUGCAAAGGUGGUGGGUUCUUUGCAAAAUGUUGACUCUCGAUGUCGACAGCUUGAUGUUAGACGCCUCUCUUUAGCACCUCCAAAAGAUGAUAGGGCACUCUUGUUCCCUCCGUUUUCUUACUCUCCCACCAGUUCUAAGGAUGAUCUGAAUUCUCAGCCACAGGAAAGAGCCGUAGUAGGUUUGGAACCCCACUGUCCUCCUCCACAAUACGCAACUUCUAAAAUCAAAUCCAAAUCAGCAUUGCGGUCUGGGGAAGUGGCCACAGUGACUCCUGUCAGAGUUGUCUCCAGCAGUACAGAGGGGAGCAAUCUCCAAGGGCCAGGGCAAAGUGACACCUCCUUUGUUAAAGCCCAGAGCCGAUCUCCAGAAAAUAACAUUCCAGCAGGGGCCACUGAGGAAGCAAACAGAGGAGUGAGCUGCAAGAACCCUCCAGCCUCACCUGACACUCAAGGUGAUCAGCAGACUGUCUGGUAUGAAUAUGGCUGUGUGUGAUGCUUUCUCCUCGUCUGCUGAAGUUGUAUAUAUGUGCUUCACUACUGAAAAUGGGAAGUGAUCUAAACACAGAGCCCACCUGUUUGUUUUCUUACCUGUCCUCUGGUUGCUUACCAUACACCUGAAAGAUUGAAUUGCCAAACAUGGCUGCUUUGUGCCAGGAAGACCACAUGAACAGCCUAAACAUGUUUUUUUUCUUGCCCUCUUGCAGGCCCAGGAAUUAAGCUGAACUCUUGAACACUCACCAUUGUAUUUCCUUCCAGUCCUGCCAUUCUUUAUUAACAUGAAAACUGUGCAUAUGUAUGUGUGUUGCCUACUGAGUUCAAGCCUUCUUGAAACACUACUCAGUACAGCAAAUAUUUUGCUUACUUUAAAAUAUCAUAUUCCUUUUACUUAUCUGCAGGCUUCUCCUUGGGUCUGCUUAAGGCACCUGCUGCUCCGCUGCAGGUUGUCUCAAGCAUAAAGCAGGCCUGGACAGCCAUAUGCCCUUCCAGAUGUUAAGACUGCAGCUCCCAUCAGCACUAACCAGUGCAUCUUGUAGUAAUGGAUGAUGAGAGUUAGAGCCUAGCAACAUCUGGAGGGCAGCAUAUUUCCUGUUCCUGACAUAAAGAUUUCUGCUUUAGCCCCUCAUUGUGGCUACCAUCAGAGGCCUGUUAAGUAUCCUUGCUUUCCUUUUCUUUUGCUGCACCCACACUGGUGUAGUAGAGGUGCUGCCUUUUUAUAUAUGCUUGAUGUUUUCCUGUGAUACACUGGAACUACCCUUACUGUAGCUAAGGUCUCUUUUAAAUGAUGACUCUUCAUGCACUAUACUGGUGUGUUUACUACUGUGUACAUAAAAUUACAUUAAAUGUGGUUCUGUUUUGUGAGCCAAGAAAACACCAUCAUUCUGCUCACUUCCUAAUGUAGAAAGUUGCAUGUGAACCGUUGCUAUGUAACCUAAAUGAUACACAACAAAUUAUUUUGAUGGUCUUCAUGGCUGCUGCAAUCCUCACACUACUUUGUCCAACUGAAAUGUGUCUCACUAUAGAGUUGAGGAUAUCAGUCCUAGCUUUCUGAUUCAGUUGGUUUGACAUGUGUAGAAACCAAAAUGCAUUUAUAUGCACAUAAAAGGAAAAACCUUUUUUAUUGAAUCAUAUUUAUGCCCAAUGAAGUCUUUUUUACACUUUAUGGGUUUAACUGACUCUACAUGCAUACAUAUAUAUGUAUUGUGUGUAUGUAUGUUUCUAUGUUUUUGCUUGUAAAGAGGCUUUUUCUUUGUGACAGAUUAACAGAAUUUGAAGUCUUCCUGAUUUGAUGAUUUAUUUCACUGAGACACCACACAGUCUGUAACUAUUGUAACUAGUGAUGUGUGUUUGUUGUGUCUGCAUGGGCAAGUGUGCAUGAAUGAAUGAGAUAGUGUGUAGGAAUCACAUUGUGAAAAGAGCAAAAUGAUCUUUAAUAAAGCCUUUUUAAAAUA